AUGAGGAAAGAGUUCGCCAUGCUCGUGGUCGCCGAUUCACAGAGAGCCAUGAAGAAAAGCCUCGACAAGGAGCUUGUUCGCAUCAUCGACAAGGCCUCGCCCAACAUGUGGCAGCUGAUUCGAGAGGCGAAGGCGACGGCGAUCAACGGCAGCAUGUCAAACAUGAAAAAGUUGCUGCGAGACAUCGGGAGGGAGGAGAAGAUGGACAAGGAGGAGAAGCAGCUGCAGCACUUCGCAUGCGAGCUCGUUCACGACAAGAUCUCCAACGAGACCAUGAAGGACAACUUUGAGAACAAGAUGUUCGCUUGCUUCGACUCCAAGUUCAAUCAUCACAAGACCAGAGUCUGGAGGCUAUGGGACAAUCCAGAGCAGGAUUUCGAGGCGGCCAAGCGAGCAGGGUUGGAUCUGCUCGACGCCUUUGCGGAGGAUCAGCUCUACGAAGAGGAGGAGGAGAGGCCUGAGGGCUACACCCCCUCCCUCUACAUCCCUCCCCCAGCUGCCGACCAGCUCCGUGACAAGUUCUUCCGCCUCCUCCAGCCCGAGCUCGUCUGGGCGCUCGAGAGCAAGAGGAACUCCUCGACCCACAACUCGCUCAUGGUCGCCUUCCUCCUCCUCCUCCUCGGCUGGGAUGAGUUGCUGUGGCUGCUCACCAACCCCCUCUACCUCCUCACCUUCCUCCUCUUUGCCGCUGCUGCUGCAGGAUACUACUUCACACAGAAAAUCGGAAAUUUAAGCCAGAUCGCCGCUAUGCUCGGACUGAACCUGCCAGGAGCAGCAGCAGCAGCAGGGGGAGGAGGAGGAGGAGAAAAAGGCGUCAACCUGGAGCAGUUCCGUGGGAUGCCUUCAGGGAGGGAGACGGGGAGGGCAGGGGUGCGAUCGUAUCCUGGUACGGAUAAAUCGCAAUGA